AUGGAAGAGAAUUCUUUAUCCAUUUCUUGCCCUGAAUUAGGUCUCUAUACCACUGAUAAACUCAAUUUUGAUUUACCAACGCUAGCUAUUUUUACAGGUGCUAAUUUGCCCUUAACUAGAACCCUAUCUGAAAAAUUCGUUGAAAAUCUCAAGACCAGUUGCACUGUAAUAAUUUCCGCACCUAAUAUCAAAUCCUUAGAAUCUCACGCUCAUUACCUUGAAACAAAAUGCUACAAUCCUUCCAAAAAUACAAAAGCAGGGUCUUUAAAAUCGACUAUUGAAAUUCAUUGCGCCACCCUUGAUUUUAAUACCAACACCGAAUCCAUAGUCAAUGUGUUUAACAAAUAUUUGAUCUCGAGCAAGACUUACGCCUACAAGCAAGCUAUAAUUUUUCAUAAUGCGGGCCGGAUAACUCUUUCCAAAAGGCCAGAAGAUUUUAGCGCCGAAGAAAUAGGUAAUUACUUUCGGCACAAUGUAACAUCUUCUAUAUGUCUUAACAACGUUUUUAUAGAUGUUAUGGCAACUCAUGACAUUAAAUCGAACCUAAAUACUAAUUCGACUUGCAAAUGCUUCGUAGUAAACAUGUCAUCACCAUUGGCCAUAAAUCCUGUCCAGGGAUUAGGACUUGGGUGCGCUUCAAAGGCAGCGAAGGAAAUGUAUUUCAAGGUAAUAGCUAUAGAAAAUCCAAAUAUAUCGGUGCUCAAUUAUUCACCGGGCCCUGUAAAGGUUGAAACUUGGCAAACCCUGGUUGAUUGUUCUUUAAACUUAAAGAUUAAAAAAGAAGAUAUUUUGACCCCCAUACCAACCAAGGCCAUGGAAGAAAUUUCUUAUUCCUCCUUCUUAUUGAUAGAAACCAAAUCGACUGUUGAAAAUCUUAUAAAACUUUUGGAAAGCGGAAGUUAUUUUUCGGGACAGCACAUUGAGUAUGUUGAUAAACCGAAACCUAAGAAUAUAUCAUUGGAAAGAAAUAUUUCCUCGAACGUGUUCAAGGGCAAACUUAUUAAUUCAAGCAUAGCGAAAUCGGAUUCUUUUUAUAUUAAAAAACUUCAUUUACCUCAAAACAAAUAA